GAUUUUAAAACGAGCAGUUCAUUCAUAAAUGUAAGAUCGCUGUGGAAAUACAAACCGGAAGUCAAAAGACAACGAGCGCAGCGCUGAAAAGGGGUGGGGCUACAUAAGGUCUAUACAGAAAGUUCCACCAAUCAGAAAGUCGAGACAAGCCAUCCGCGCCAAUUAGAGCUCUUUAGCUCCGCCCACUCCCAUGAAGCACUGUGAAUGAGGUAAUCGAGUCGGCUUCCCUAUGCUCACAAAAUACUUAAAUAUUUGUAUGCAUAUGCAUAUUUUGCAAUAAACUUCUUGUGAUUCUCCUCAUGGCUUAUAAUGCUUUAACAACGUUUUUUUUUUUUUUUUAAAAGAUCGAUAUGGAAGAAAUUAAUGGAAAAAAUGUUUUCGGAACCAACGCCACUGAAAACAUGGUGUUGGCAGAGGUCAGCUGAGAAACACUGAACCGUAAUGUGGAGCAUUUCAGACGAGCGUGAUGAUGAAGCCGGAGGGAGUGCUGACUGACCCUGGAUCAGUGCCGCUGUUCUUCUGUGUGUUGUGUAAGAUGGAGAGAAGAGACUCGAGCUUCACUCCUCCCACACAGGAGCAUCACACACCGUUCUUUCACAGACUCAAGGACAGACGGUGAGAAGUAAACAUUUGUUGUUUAUACUAACGCCAGACCUUGGAUCUCUCAAGGCCUUCAUCAAGUGUUUAAUACAUUCGAACCAGAUGGAGAAAGAGUUAACCAGAGUCAUGCCUCAGGGUUUCUGUGACCUCCAACCCCAAACCAAGGUUGUACCGUCGAGCCGCCCUCCAUCAGAGCUCUUAUAUGAGCCGGCGUUGAUCCUCGGCUCCUCGUGUCCAUCAUGUGUUCAGUGACUCUGUGCUGCUGCGCUGCUGUGCUGUUGCUGGUGCUGGUGAAAUGCAUGCUGGGACAGCUGCGCUCUUCUCGAGGCGGCGUGUCGUUGCCGUGUCUGCCGCGAGUGCCGGUUCUGGGGAGUCUGCUGCACCUGCGCUCGUCUCUGCCGCCUCACCUGCUCCUCACACAGCUGGCGGGCAGAUAUGGCCCUCUGUUCGGCAUGUACGCCGGCCCUCACUUCACACUGGUGGUCAGCGAGGCCGGACUGGUGCGAGAGGUGCUGCUGCAGCGCGGGAGAGAGUUCGCUGGACGGCCCAAGAUGGUGACCACAGAUCUGUUGACUCAGGGUGGGAAGGAUAUCGCGUUUGCCGACUACAGUCCGCUGUGGAAGAACCAUCGGCGGCUGGUUCACUCCUCGUUCACGCUGUUCGGCGAGGGAUCCAGUAAACUACAGACCAUCGUUCUAGAGGCCGCAGACAGUCUGUGUGAGGAGCUCCAGUCCUGCAGGGGUCAGAGUUCAGAUCUGAGUCCGGUUCUGAUGCGUGCCGUCACUAACGUCAUCUGCAGGCUGGUGUUCAGUUCCUCAUACCAGCCGAACGACCCUGAACUCCUGAAGGUCAUGGACUACAACGACGGCAUCGUCCAGACCAUCGCCAGAGGAGGACUCGUCGACAUCUUUCCCUGGCUACGAAUUUUCCCCAACAAAGACCUGAAGAAGCUGAAGGAAUGUGUGUCUGUGAGAGACCAACUGCUGCGCAAGAAACUCCAGGAGCACAAGAUGACCCUCACUCCUGGAGAGCCUCGAGACCUGCUGGACGCUCUUCUGAUUGGUCAGAUGAAAGGGUCAGGUGGGGAGGAUGACAUCACAGAGGAUCAUGUGCUCAUGACGGCAGCGGAGGCGUUUGGAGCCGGAGUGGAGACGACGUCCACCACACUACUGUGGACUAUAGCGUUCCUACUGCACCACCCGCAGGUGCAGGAUCGUGUCCAGGCUGAGCUGGAUGAAUGUCUGGGGCGGGACCGUCCGCCGUCUCUGAGUGACCGGUCCCGUCUACCGUUCCUGGACGCCGUUCUUUGUGAAGUGAUGCGCAUUCGUCCCGUCAGCCCAAUCCUCAUCCCGCAUGUUGCUAUGCAGGACACCAGUUUGGGGGGUCACAUGGUUCCUAAAGGAACCCGGGUGUUGGUGAACAUGUGGGCGAUCCAUCAUGACCCCAAACACUGGGACGAACCUGACAGAUUUAGACCAGAACGAUUCCUGGACUCCUCAGGGAAAAGAGCGACUCCCGCCAAUUUUCUUCCGUUCGGCGCCGGUCCUCGCGUGUGUGUGGGUGAAUCUCUGGCCAGAAUCGAGCUCUUUCUGUUCGUCAGUCGCCUCCUGCAGCACUUUGACUUCAGCGUGCCGUCAGGGGCUUCAUUACCGGACCUGCAGGGCCGUUUCGGCGUAGUGCUUCAACCUCAGCGCUACACUGUGAGAGUCACACCGCGACGCUGACCGCACUGCACUUUCCUCUGUUAGACACCAGGUUGCGGCACUGAGUCAUUCAUCAUUUGAUCCACCCUGCGUAUGAACUGUUUGCACUUGGUUCACUUUAUUUAAUCUGCACUCUUGAUUUAACGGGUAUAUGUGGUUAUAUCUUUUGGCAUCCUGAACAUUCAUUUCAUGUGUUAUAGACCCUUUUCAAAUUUCCAUGUUUCUCAGAAGCGGAAGUCAUCAUAGUUGGGUAAAGAGGUGAAUGAGAGACUUCAUUAAAUAUAUAUAUUUGCAAAAGAAAAAAUACAUAAUAGUGUUUUCACAACUUUCAAAAAGAGGGAAAAUAACAGCAGUCAAGAGAGAAAGAUGUAACUUUUACCAUCACUCCCAUUACUGCUGUAUUAGAAACACCCUCACAGCAGCAUGUUAAAGGGUUCGUUCACUUUCCAAUUAAGAUUUCCUGAUAAUUU